GCUCUAAGUACUAAGCGCACACAACGCACCGCACUGCAAAGGUCAUCGUGGUGGUGCGGCGGCCGCGACGUCAUUGGCUCGAGCGUUCGCCAAUUAUCUGUGCGCCACUUGUUGGAGCGUGACGGCCGUCCACACACGUCCUCGAAGCGUCGGAACGUGGGUCUGCCGCCGUCCUCACUCGCUGCUCGCAACACUCAGCACCACGAAGACCUGCCGCCCGCCAGCACCUCUGCCAGCGCGCCCUCGCUGCUCGACCCCUCGCACGCUAAGCCGGCCAACGUGUGCCCUUGCCGCCCCAACGACGGCUGUCCUGGCCCGCCGCGACUGCCCCCAGGCCCGUCCGGCAAUAUCUGCCACACGGUCUGCCACGCCUCCCAACGACUGCCUCACAGCGAGCCUGACCAAUGUCGCCCCCAUGUCACCGCAUUUGGACGCCCAAGGAAAUUCCUCACCCCGCGCAUCGGUGAGGUCAAAUGCGCCGCACAGUCCCCCCGCCCGCCAUGCCCCCCCGACUCCCUCCAGGCGUGCACAAGAAGGCGCACCGCCCGUCGUGACGCCACGCAAACUCUCGCAAACGGGCCGUUCCAAGACCGCGCCGAUUGCCCCGAAGGAGAGCCUCUGGCAGUCGUCGUUCGACCGCCCGCAGCUCGACGAGCGCGACAGCAUCUUCUCAACAACCUACCUCGCCUCUGACAGCCCAAUUUCCUCGCCGCGCACCAACGCAGCAACAAACACGACAAACGCCAACGACGAUGCUCCCGAGCACACCUUAUCCGAGAUGGCUGCACCAGCGCCGCUGCAGAGGAGACUAAUCGACCCGCCCUUGUUCCGCAGAAAGGAAUCCACAUACCCUCCCGCUGCCCUACAAGACCCCCAAUCCAUCCUAGCCACCCAAUUCGCCCAGCAAAUUCCAAUUGAAUCAAUCAUGGGCCUUGAAGCGGCCCGCCAGAGUCCACCGCCCUUCAUGAGCCCCGUCGACUCUCCGGUCCGCCGAUCGUCCACACCACACAACACAGACGCGCAUUCGGCCUUGCACAAUGUCGUGACCGACACCGAAGAGAGACGCCGGAACAGACAAUGGCGGGAAGGCAAGCCUGUGCCUUUCAAAGGCAGUGCGGCCCAUGAGGAUCCAGCAUCAGAUGACCAGGCCGUGAAAAAGAUCGAAGCCACCCUACCCAAAGCAGAGCAAGCAUCGUCAGGGCGUAGCCGCAAAGCAAGUCAUUUCCUCCGAGUCUUCAAGGACGCCGAAGGGCCCGAGGAACAGCAUAAGCGGGACACGCGAUCGAAGGACCGCCGUCCUACGGACAAGACACUGUCCAUGCUAUCGGAGGAAUGCGAUGCUCAACAGGCAUCCCAUCCAUCAUCAGUCGUGCCAACGCCUCAUGAUGAGAACACGGCGUCCUACUUUGAGGUACCGGCCGCAACGCCCAAGGAUAACGAUCCAACUGCUGCAUCGGCUCCUGCUACAGAGAUGGUAUUAAAACCCAGCAAACACCAACUGCCUUGCUCGCUUCUCGAAGAGAUCAGGAAUUUCACAAACUUGACACCUGGUGUCGUUCCGGGAUCUUCAAUGUCGAGAAGUUUGCCCGCUUCAGUCCUGGACAAGCUCCAUGCGCAUGCAUCUACAGUCACGGAUUCGCAAUCUCAGGAUGAGCCGACUGAUUACUUUCGAGCCAAAGACAUUGACGUUACAAACCGAUCACCAGCAUCCGAGGAAGAUGACGACUCGGAGCGUGAACAAAUUUCCUCCGCCCUGUAUUUUCCUCACCGUCAACACAAGGCAGCGGAGCCAGCCACUCCGGUCGAAGAGACACGACGAUCAGAGGUAGACGAUAGCCGUAAGAGAACUUCUAUUCAUGUGGGCAAGGUACCCAGAGGUUGGGAUACAGGAGAGGCUGUUCAAACUCCUGAAGAAGUAGAAAUUUCUCUACAGUCCCAAGAUACCAAUCAAUGCCUACAUGGUGACUUCGCUGCGUCAGCAUCAGUGCAGAAAGAAACCGACAAGCUAUUGACAUCUGCGUCAACCGAUGCAAUUUCAGCUGAAUCUGAAUCUGAGUAUGAGUCGCUAGCAGAGUCCACGCAAUCACUUCCUGGAUAUGAAUCGAGCGCGACUGAUGACCUAGGUACGACGCCCACUGCACCGACGAUCAAACCAGCACACAGGGCCGUGACAGCGCCAGCGCCAGCUCCGGUUGCGCAGCCACCGGCUCCGCUCGGCGCUGUAGAGUUAAAACCGUACAACCAUCAGGUUGGUGGUCAUUCUACAGUGUAUCGCUUUUCCCGAAGGGCUGUGUGUAAACAACUCAACAAUCGCGAGAAUGAGUUCUACGAGACCGUUGAAAGGCAUCAUCCCGAGUUACUGGACUUUCUGCCAAGGUACAUCGGUGUAUUGAAUGUCACUUAUCGUAAGGCACCAAAGAAGAAAAAGAAAGACAAGGCAAAGACAGACACUGAUUCUGCUGCGCCUGCUACGCAGCCGAGCGAUGCACGCAAGGACGGAACACAGAUAACCUCACAGGACGCUAAAACAGAAGAUCAGCCGAGAGUUGUCAGCCAUUCGCAGCAACAAAUGCCUGCGCCGCAAGUCAUCUUCGCGAACAAUCGACACAUCAUCCCCGACAAUCUGUUUGGUGUUCCCCCCCGAUCCGCUACGCCAGACCCCUGGAUGGGCAAUGGCUCGUUUUCUUCCCAGUAUCAUCGGAGAAAUCAAAGCGUGCAAGACUACAGUUCGAACGGUGCAGACAGGCCGCCAAUGCGGCACCACAGCAGUUGGGGCGUCACAACCAUCAACCGCAAACUCCAAGAGGAAGUCCUGCGCCAGGUUUUUGCACCUCCUACCAUUCAUCACCGUCAACGUCACCAUCAUCAUGGCAUAGGAACUCGUAGAUUGGGGAGCGAUAGUACGCAGUCCAUGGCUGGAUCUGCGCCGUCAAUGAGGCGAAACAGCACAGAUGUAUCUGUUUUGCAACCAGGUCUUAGGGAGGAAUCACCACGCAAGCAGAUACUCAAGGCUAACGCAGAAGCCCGCCGACAAGCUUCCGAAGCUAGUGACCUUGCUGUCAGUUUCGGAUCACCAGAGGAGCUGAGGUCACGAGACAAGGAAUCACUGCAGCCGCCACUGAGCAAUAUCCCACGAAGAAGACACUCAGGUAGUGGGCUCAUGCGUAGACCUUUAAGUUUAGACUCCGACCAAAGACACAAUCUUGAAUUUUAUGAAGAAGAGGGAUAUGGAGGAGACGGCGAGGAAGAGCUGUUCGCAAUGGACGAAGACCGUCAACCUCUUUCACCUACCAAAGCCGCUUUAAAGGACCCUCCCUCAAUAUCUGAGGGUUCAUCAGUUGCCAACAAUAUGGAGCAUGAUUCUGGAGGGUCGAUGCUUCCGGCUCCCGUCACACCUAAGAAGAAAGCAGAGCCUCCAGCAAUUCAGGAGCCCGCCAAUCCUGAAGAAGCUCAGCAACAGCCUGACGAGCGCGUGCAGCAUUUCAUUCUACUCGAAGAUCUAACUGCGGGCAUGUCCCGACCCUGUGUCUUGGAUCUGAAGAUGGGCACCCGCCAAUAUGGCGUCGAGGCUGACGAGAAAAAACAGAAGUCGCAACGCCGCAAGUGUCAAAUGACCACGAGCCGUGAGCUCGGUGUGCGUGUUUGUGGCAUGCAGAUAUGGAACGUGAAGACGCAAAACUAUCUCUUUGAGGACAAGUACUACGGCCGCGAUCUCAAAGCCGGCAGGGAGUUUCAAGAUGCGCUCAAGAAGUUCUUUUGGGAUGGCAACGGCUACAAGGCAGCGAAUCGACAUAUCCCUGUCAUCUUGGAGAAAAUCAGUCAACUCGAACGCAAGAUCAGGAAGCUGCCAGGCUACAGAUUCUAUGCCAGCAGCCUACUCAUGCUAUAUGAUCAAGGCGACGGCGAACAGAAAGACAAGGAUAACGUUUCUGUUCUGAACGGAUUCACAACGCCAAACGGCGACGAUCUGUCCGCAGCGCCAUCGGCAGCGCCGUCUGGGCCAACAUCGCCUGGACUAGCGCCUCCUACCAUCGCGGCGUUUCCAAAAGAGAAGCCAGAGAUCAAGCUUAGGAUUGUCGAUUUUGCCAAUUGCGUUACCGCUGAAGACACACUCGAUGGUGCAUCUUGUCCACCCAAAGAGCCUGAUGAUGUGGACAGGGGCUAUCUACGCGGGCUGCGGUCACUACGACUGUACUUCCAGCGUAUCUACCGCGAUAUCAACGAAGAAUGGGUGGAGCGUGGUGAGGGCGAAGGCAUGGCCCGCGGCAGCCAUCACCACGGCUCCGGAUUCAGCGAGGCUGGUCCUGGCUGGAUGGACGAGCCUGGUGGUGAGGACACAGGCUACGUCAGUUUCUAGCGAGUUCGCACAGGGGCGGGUCGUGUUACAUAAAGAUACCACGUGGAGUUUGGUGAUGUGUGGCGUUUCCUGGUUUUCUGCUCAGCAUGGCGUUUGGAGUUUGUGCAAGACAAAGUAUCGAAAUUGUUUACUGGGCAUGCAUACGGCGUAUUCCUUGCAUAGGCGGGUCACUGGUCUGGGUGGGCUUGGGUGCGGGGUUAUUCAAUGUAUAGUAUACCUAGAGUGGAAUUCAUAGCGCAAAUAUAAUUAAGCAAUUCAACAAGGUAUCCUUGCCCGAAGGCCAUUAUUGAUGUGAGUACCCAGUGUCGAGCAUGGACAAACCACGCUAGCAAGGUGGGUUGCCGUAACUCCUCUCGG